GGGGCUGAGCGGGCGGCGCCAUGGCGGCGCCGGGGUGCGGGCCCUGAGGGCCGGCGGCGGGCGCGCACCAUGAACUCGUGGGACGCGGGCCUGGCGGGUCUGCUGGUGGGUACGAUGGGCGUCUCGCUGCUGUCCAACGCGCUGGUACUGCUCUGCCUCCUGCACAGCGCCGACAUCCGCCGCCAGGCGCCGGCGCUCUUCACCCUGAACCUCACGUGCGGCAACCUGCUGUGCACCGUGGUCAACAUGCCGCUCACGCUGGCCGGCGUCGUGGCGCAGCGGCAGCCGGCCGGUGACCGCCUGUGCCGCCUGGCCGCCUUCCUCGACACCUUCCUGGCUGCCAACUCUAUGCUCAGCAUGGCCGCGCUCAGCAUCGACCGCUGGGUGGCCGUGGUCUUCCCGCUGAGCUACCGCGCCAAGAUGCGCCUCCGCGACGCCGCGCUCAUGGUGGCCUACACGUGGCUGCACGCGCUCGCCUUCCCCGCCGCCGCGGUCGUCCUGUCCUGGCUGGGCUUCCACCAGCUGUACGCGUCCUGCACGCUGUGCAGCCGGAGGCCAGACGAGCGGUUGCGCUUCGCCGUCUUCACGGGUGCCUUCCAUGCGCUCAGCUUCCUGCUCUCCUUCGUUGUGCUCUGCUGCACAUACUUCAAGGUGCUCAAGGUGGCCCGCUUCCACUGCAGACGCAUCGACGUGAUUACCAUGCAGACGCUCGUGCUGCUCGUGGACAUCCACCCCAGUGUGCGGGAACGCUGUCUAGAGGAGCAGAGGAGGCGGCGGCAACGCGCCACCAAGAAAAUCAGCACCUUCAUAGGCACCUUCCUCGUGUGCUUCGCACCCUACGUGAUCACCAGGCUGGUGGAGCUGUCCUCCGCGGUGCCCAUCAGCUCCCACUGGGGGGUGCUGUCCAAGUGCUUGGCCUACAGCAAGGCCGCAUCUGACCCGUUCGUGUACUCCUUGCUGCGACACCAGUACCGCAAGAGCUGCAAGGAGAUUCUGAACAGGGUCCUCCACAGGCGUUCCCUCCGCUCCUCCGGCCUCACCGGGGACUCCCACAGCCAGAACAUUCUUCCGGCCUCUGAGUGAAGGACGCUGCUGCUUCUGGAGAGCUUGGAAUGAGACGGCUGGAUGCCCUUCGUUCUGAGAGAAGAUGGAAAGAACAGGCCGAGUCCAGGUCCUGGUUGCUGUCCUUUUACAUACUUUGGUGCAGGUAGCUGACGCCUUUGCAGGGCUGCAGUGUGACCCUCGGGGGGACCGCAGGCUGUGCAUUUUUAGAAUUUACCCAAAUUCAGCAUCGACUAAUUUGCCUAUGAUUUCAACGAGGUUAUUUUGUCAGGUGCCAGAAAUUCCUCACAUCUGCUCGUAUCCUCUGGAGCACUUGCACCACAGGCGAGAGAGAAGUCCUGGAUAUAUCUGAGGCUCCCACCACCUUUCUGGAAGGUCAACAGCGUCUGCAAUGAAGCCACUGGCUCCUGAACUUUACUAUCCACAAGAAUCACCAAGAGACGUUGUUUAAAACUCAGAUUCCUGAGCCCCUUCCCUGGAGAUCCGUCUAAGGAGGUCUGGCAAGGCCUAGGAUUCUGCAUUUUCAGACAUCAGGGCCCAGGUGACUGUGGCAGGUGGACUUCAAAGUGUCCUCCCUGAGGAAAAAUGGUCUUAGACACCUGGAUAAGCUCUAUGGAAAACUGGCUCUUUCUAAAUAUCUAGGUUUCAGUCGUCUUCUAUGGUUCCCUAACAUGCCAAACAGUUCAGUCUCCAGCUUAAUCAAGGGCUGAGUCAUUUUGUCCCCAGAGGAACAAAAUUGAUCAUGCCAUGAAAUUUUUAAAACCUGUUUUCACGAGACUCUGGUGGAACGGGAGAAGCUGCCCACUCUACCUCUGAAGGCCUUUGCAAAACAGCCUCCUUCCUCUCUGUGGGGCUCCUGGCUGGUAAGCACGAGAUGUGUUGGGUGUUGGCAGGGCGGCAGCACUCACUGGCUCAGACACUGUGUUAGAGAAAAGGGAGCCUGGUGCUCAGAGGGCCCCGGAGGGAUGCUUGCUUGCGUCCUGACACAGACUCUGUCCGGGCAGCCUGGCUGGGGGAGUCGAUGGCUUCUAGCCCCUUCGCUACUAACCAGAGCCCUCGCCCCUGCCCCCUUCCGACCAGCUUCAGACCCGGGGGGCCGAGCCAGCCGAGGCAGGGCCAGAGAGAGACAGUGCUGGAUGCCCACCCUUGGGUGUGGGUCUUUUGUUGGUUCCCCACUUCAUCCAGCAUGGCUGACCCUGCUGGGUCCCCCACGAGCAGCUCGUAAUAAUGACAACCUAAGAGCCGGUGUGUCCUGAGUGAAGACUAGACACCAGACACCACGCUGAGAGUUUGGGGGUAGCGUUUCCACGAAUCCUCGUAAUAAUCCUCCGAUGUCAGCACUAUGACUCUCUCCUUUUUACAGAUCGGGCAGAAUCUGUAGGUCCUCGGGCAGCAUGUAGAGAAAUUUGAGGGGCAACACAAAAUAGGUCUCCAGAAGGGUGGGCUGGUACUGAUGGGAAGUCCCCAGCUUCACCCGACUCUGGGCAGUUCAAGGAGGAGCAGGUGACUUUCCAUCAGCAGCAGAGAACCCUGUGCUCUCAGCUCCUGAGCUGACACCCACACCGGCCAGCUGGGCCUUGGGCCCCUCUGGUCACGGCCACCCCUCGUCUUCUCUUUCUCUGCAUGUGCUUCUCGGGGUGUUCGAGGGGAAGUUGCUCAGCAGCAACCUCUGUACCAGAAUUUAUGGUCCACGAGUCCUUUUCAGCUACAGAGAAUCUGACUGACUAAACGUUGUAGGUGUUUGCGGACUUGUUGUCCAAAGAAUUUUCCCGAAACUCUGGGCCAGUAGCCUUCACGAGCAUUAGUACAACACAGCAGUGCCUGGCACUGAAGCUGACCUUUCCCCUUCACACAGAUGCCAAGAGGUUAACAUGGAGAAGCCCGUGCUGACCUGGUGGCUAUAGUGGGGAGAGCGUGGGGAGAGGGUGGGAGAGGCUGUCGCAAUACCCACCUGUCACUCCUCUGACAUUUACGGAGCGCCUUCUGUGUGCCUGGCCCUGGGCUGUGUCAGACUCCGGGAGAGACCAGAGAUUACUCUACAACGUGGAGGGUGGAGCUGCCCUGGAGCAGUGUGCACAGUGUUGGGGGUGCAGGAGGAGGGCUGAUGCACUUGGCGGGUGGGGGAGGAGCGUUCUGGAAGGUUUCCUAGAGGUGGUAGCUUUGGGCCUGAACCUGCAGUAGGGAAGCGCCUAUGACGAGACAUGAAGGAGGUGUGAACAACGUGCCCAGUGGGGAGUCUAACGGGGCGGGAGCUUAGCGUGUGUCCAGGAAUAGGAUGGGUUGGGCACGUAGGAGGUGACAUGACUCCUGAGACAGAGUGGAUGUGAUCUGUGGUCCUGGGGAGAGCACCGAGGUCUUGAACUUGGGAGUUUCAAAAUUAGAGCUCUUUUAGAAAGAGAAAACAUGGGGGGAAAUCCACAUAUAUUUAGCUAUUGACAAAGAGAGGGAAGAAAGAAAAGAAAGAAGA